CUCAACUCACUGGAAAGAAAACUCUAGAUGGUGGGUAUCUGCUCAACAGAACACGCUGUGAUGUCGGUGACCCAGAUUGAUUGGUAGCGGCAGGCGGGGAUUAGGGGGAUAUGAAGCAAAGGCAAGGUCUUGGAAGAUUCCGACGAGUUGGUGGCGCGUUAUAGCGCAAGAAUGGGCUGUGGGCGUAAUUUCAGGCGCAUUUUAAAUGGUCUAUGCACACGUGUAAGACACACAGAGGAUUGUAGGCCUAGUGGUGGUCCCGGAUCAAUGCCACCUUCGGGAGUACGAUUGUACAUACAAGAUCACCAUGUGGUGAUGGAUAAUGGCAUUAUCCAAGUCACUCUAUCAAAGCCCGGGGGAAUUGUCACUGGCAUCCGUUAUAAUGGCAUCGACAAUGUGCUUGAAAUCCGCAACAAUGAAUCUAACAGAGGGUACUGGGAUGUCGUAUGGAAUGCAAUGGAUGGUGGGAAAGCUGGAAUAUUUGAAGUGAUCCAUGCAACAAAUUUUACAGUUAUAAAGGACGAAGAGGAACAGGUUGAGCUAUCAUUCUCAAGGCCAUGGGAUCCCUCUCUUCGGGGCAAGCUUGUUCCACUAAACAUUGAUAAAAGGUUUGUUUUGCUUCGUGGUUCAUCUGGUUUCUACACAUAUGCCAUUUAUGAGCAUGUUGGUUCCUCAGAGUGGCCUGCUUUCAGUCUUGGUGAAACCAGGAUAGCAUUCAAGCUCCGGAAAGACAAAUUUCACUACAUGGCUGUGGCAGACAAUAGGCAAAGGUUGAUGCCCCUACCAGAUGACCGAUUACCUGGCAGAUGCCAUGCCCUUGCUUAUCAAGAAGCAGUCCUACUUGUCAGUCCUGUCAAUCCAGAAUUAAGAGGAGAGGUAGAUGACAAGUACCAGUAUUCAUGUGAGAACAAGGAUAACAAGGUCCAUGGAUGGAUAUCUAUGAACCCGCCUGUGGGGUUCUGGCAAAUCACACCCAGUGAUGAGUUCCGAUCUGGUGGGCCUGUCAAACAGAACCUUACAUCGCAUGUUGGUCCCACAACCCUAGCUGUAUUCCUUGGCUCUCAUUAUGCUGGAGAGGAACUAUCGCCAAAAUUUGAACAAGGCGAGGCAUGGAAGAAAGUUUUUGGUCCAAUUUUCAUUUACCUUAACUCCACAAUGAACGUCGAAGAUGCACUCACUUUAUGGAAUGAUGCCAAACAACAGAUGCUGGUAGAGGUACAGAGCUGGCCAUACAACUUUCCAGCGUCUGAGGAUUUCCUAUCAGCAGAUCAGCGGGGCAAUGUUAUUGGUAGACUAUUGGUUAGUGACAAGUAUGUCUGUGAUGACGUUAUGCCUGCAAGUGGUGCAUACGUGGGAUUAGCUCCACCGGGAGACGCUGGAUCCUGGCAAAAAGAAUGCAAGGGCUACCAAUUUUGGACUAGAGCAAGUGGGGAUGGAUAUUUCUCCAUCAAUAAUGUACGUCCUGGUGAUUACAAUCUUUAUGCAUGGGUACCCGGAUUUAUUGGAGAUUAUCGGAAUGAAGCUGCCAUAACUAUAGCUUCAGGUUGUAGAAUUGAUGUUGGUGAAAUCCUUUACAAGCCUCCAAGGGAUGGCCCAACACUAUGGGAGAUAGGCAUCCCUGAUCGUAGCGCUGCAGAGUUCUAUAUUCCUGAUACCAACCCAAAGUAUCUUAACAAGAUUUUUGUCAACCACCCCGAGAAGUUUAGGCAACAUGGGCUUUGGGAAAGAUACUCAGAGUUAUAUCCAAAUGAAGAUCUUGUAUACACAGUUGGUGAGAGUGACUAUUCAAAAGACUGGUUUUUUGCUCAAGUAACUAGGAAAAAAGAAGAUGGCACAUAUCAAGGAACCACAUGGCAAAUCAAGUUCAAACUUGACAAUGUCCACCAAGGUGGUACCUACAAAUUGCGCAUGGCAAUUGCAUCUUCAACCCUUGCCGAGCUACAGGUUCGGGUUAACAAUCCCAAUACAAAUCGACCACUGUUUACGAGCAGAUUGUUUGGGAGGGAUAACUCCAUAGCCAGGCUUGGAAUCCAUGGUCUAUACUGGCUAUUCAAUGUGGAUAUACAGGGCGGUCUGCUCACUGAAGGAGAGAACACCAUUUACUUGACUCAACCUAGGAAUCAAAGCCCCUUCCAGGGAAUCAUGUAUGACUAUAUUCGUUUAGAAGCUCCAACAGUCUAGGGAAAUUAUAUAUUUGUUCAUCCCAAUUAAAAUAUAUGCACAUCCCUGUUAGUGUAAAUGUACAUACUUGUAACUAAUAAUGUUCAUUAACCAAGUGAAUUAUGUGAGACCAGGGCUGAAUCUGUUAUCUGAGUAUCUGACUUGUAUAUAUUAUAGAAUAGUUUCUCCGGAUUUAUCACUCA